AUGGUGGAAGUGGAUGCUCACAAGGACAGCACGAGACACAGACUGAACAUCACGGCGGAUGACGACUGUCAGCAGCUGCAUUGCUCCCUCAGAGACUUGAGCUCCCUGCUGCAGGCUGCGGGCCGCCUGGCUGAGUACUUUAUCGGGGAUGUGUUUGCUGCGAGGUUCAAUGACGCCCUCACGGUCGUGGAGAGGCAUGCCCAGUCCCUGGCCGCCCUCCAGGCCUACUCCCACUGGCUGGCACAGUACUGUAGCGAAGCUCAUCGGCAGAACACGCAGCAGUUUGUGACGCUCAUCUCCACCACCAUGGAUGCGAUCACACCUCUGAUCAACACCAAGGUCCAGGACAAGUUGCUGCUGUCUGCGUGCCACCUGCUGGUCUCACUGGCCACCACUGUGCGGCCUGUCUUUCUGAUCAGCAUCCCUGCAGUGCAGAAAGUGUUCAACAGAAUCACCGAUGCCUCUGCCCAGCGGCUGGUUGAUAAGGCGCAGGUGUUGGUGUGCCGAGCCCUCUCUAACAUCUUACUGCUUCCGUGGCCGAACCUUCCAGAGAAUGAGCAGCAGUGGCCUGUGUGCUCCAUCAACCAUGCCAGCCUCAUCUCCGCACUCUCCCGGGACUAUCGUGACCUGAAACCCAGUGCCGUCACUCCGCAGGGAAAGGCGCCACUGGAUGACAAAUCUCCAAGGCCAGGAAGAGCAAGCCGGGUCCAGAGAGCGAUCAUUGCGAUCAGCGCGCGGCCCUCCCCGGAUGUGAAGGCCGAGCUGUUUGAGCUCCUUUUCCAGACCCUCCAUCACAACUGGAGGUACUUCCUCAAGUCCACCGUGCUGGCCAGCGUGCAGCGGGGGCUAGCCGAGAAGCAGAUGGAGAACGAGCCCCAGUUCAGUGCCAUCAUGCAAGCUUUUGGACAGUCCUUUCUCCAGCCUGACAUCCACCUUUUCAAGCAAAAUCUCUUCUACUUGGAGACUCUCAAUGCCAAGCAGAAGCUGUACCACAAGAAGAUCUUCCGGACCACCAUGCUGUUCCAGUUCGUGAACGUGCUGCUCCAGGUCCUCGUUCACAAGUCCCAUGACCUCCUGCAGGAGGAGAUCGGCAUCGCCAUUUACAACAUGGCCUCUGUGGACUUCGACGGCUUCUUUGCGGCCUUCCUGCCGGAGUUCCUGACCGGCUGUGAUGGUGUGGAUGCCAACCAGAAAAACGUGUUGGGGCGGAAUUUCAAGAUGGAUCGGGACCUGCCCUCGUUCACCCAGAACGUGCACAGGCUGGUCAACGACCUGUGCUACUACCGACUCUGCAACCACAGCCUGCCCCCGGCACUGUGAAGAUCUAGGCCCAGCCCCUCAUGCCGCCUGCACCACCGCCACCUCCACCCUCACCGCGGAGAGUGCCCAGACAAGCCUCAGCACCCUGCCGUCCUCACACCCGAGCAGUGUGGCCUGCGCCCGUCCCUCCGCUCUGCUCUGCGGGGGCCCUCGGAGCACUGGUUGGAGUUCCCAGGGUGCUUGGAAGAGG